UCUUGUUUUUAUUGGUUUUACACGGUAUUUGGGUAUUUAUUUAAUGCAAAAGCACGCAAAAGAGCCGAGGAACAACAGGUAACAGGAAUGAGUAAGAGGUAUAGAAGGUAGCUGGUAGAGCGUAAGAAAAAGAAGUGGUCAAAAAAAGUCGAACAGUAGUUGAUUAGAGUUUUCAAGAUUAUCAGAAGUAGAGCGAAAAGUUCGGUUGUUCGCUGUUCUUGUUCUUGAUACAAUUAAUUUCUAUUAAAUUCUCUGUAAGAGAAAAUUAUAUCGAUGGACGACACUGCGGACUUGCGAGGGCGAGAGGCGAUGCUACCUAACCACAGCGAUAUUAGCGGUAGUAAUGUUGCGUGCUCCAAUGUAAACAUGACUUCGGUAGAUUCGGGAGUAGAGACUGGGAACGAUUCGAACGAUAGCUCAAUCGUCCAGCAGGAAGGUCAACAACAGCAGGUUGUCGCUAACCAGGUCAUCGGCAACAGUGUCACAACCGUCAGCACCAACUCUGUUGAAGAAUUUCCCAAUCUGAAUAUGUACGACUGGCGUGCUUUAAUACAGCCUCUAUUAGUCCCUGAUGAGAGCAAACGGAACUCGCCCGAGGUUACUGUGAUGUUGCAAAAGAACAGGCUACUUACAAUCGACGCCGAGGCCUUAGAAAUAAUACGAAAUAAACACAGGCUUCAUUUUUACCGCCCUAAGAUAAGAGUACGUGUCCUUCGUGCAUACAAAAAUACAAAUACCCAAGCUUUAGCCUUCAGUGAUUGGCGAACUAAACGUAUUCAACAAAGGAUGCGGUUGGCUGCUACCACAAAUAAUGUAUCUUUGAUGAAAAGACUUUUGGAGUUUGGGAUAUCACCUAACAAUCACGACGAUCACGGACGAACUCCCCUUCAUAUUUCAGCUUGCAGGGGUUAUACUGAAAUAGUCCGUUUAUUGUUAGAAAACGGUGCAGAUCCAAAUCAGCGUGACUGUAUAGGAAACACACCAUUGCAUCUAGCCACAGUUAAUAGCAAAUUAUCAGUAGUAACACUGCUCUUAACAGCUGGUACUGAUGUUCUCGCAUUAGAUUCCUAUGGUUACAAUCCACUGCAAUUAGCGAAAACCAAAUUAAGAAUGUUACAACGAAAUUGUAAUAAUGAGGACAUGCUUGAGAUCAAGGAGGAGAUGCAUAAUGUAAUUAAUAUGUUAAUGGCAUAUCUGCAAAAGCAGAAGAAUAUGCGAGAACAAGUAGAAACAUUGAGCAAUUUCUGUUCACGGCUUUCUUUAUCCAAUACCUCAGAUCAGGUUCAGGAUAAUGUUAAAGAUUUACUAGCAAAUAUAAAUGCUCUUAGUAUAACUGAUUAGUCGAAUAUAACUGAUUUAUUACGACGAAGAUAAGCUAUUGUAAUAUUAUAC